AUGGAAGAUCAAGAUCGUCCUCGGAAACUACAAAAGCUCGGCCACAACGGUGAUUCGACUCAGGCUGUCGGUCCUGCCAUGACUGGAGCUGCAGAGGUGGCCGGCAAAGAGCCCAAGCCGGCGAUUGAGAAUGAACCCAACGAUCUAUCCGAGUUUAUUGUUGGGAAAUACGCCAAUUCCGAUGAGUCUUCACCCAAGGAGGGACUCAAGGUGGGCGCCGAUAGUGCCCCUCCCAAGCUGUCAAAGAACCAAAUGAAGAAGCUCCGCCGGCAUGAAAAUUAUUUGGCAAAGCGCGACCUGCGCAAAGACCAAAGGAAAGAGAAAAUUGCACAAAAGAAAGAACGCCGCCAAGCUCUGUUCGAUGAGGCACGCGCGACAGGUGGCGAGGAAGCUGUCGAAAAACUACGCGAGACAUUCCGAUCUACGAAAGCCAAGCACACCAAAUCCACGCUGAUACCCUUGACAUUCGUGAUGGACUGCGGUUACGACGAUCUGAUGCUGCCAAAGGAGCGCAUUUCUCUCGCAUCCCAACUCACACGAUCAUACUCCGAUAACAGCCGUGCACAAUACCACGCACACUUGAUGUGCUCAUCAUUCGACAAGCUACUCAAAGAACGAUUCGACACCGUGCUAUGGGCCCACAAGAACUGGAAGCGCAUUCGUUUUAUGCCUGAGGACUUUACACAUGCCGCCGAGCUCGCCAAGGCACAGAUGACGGGUCCGCGAGGAGGCAGCAUUGUCGGUCCGUUCGCUGAACAACCCGAUGCGAAGCCUGAGGACGGCGAGGUCAUCUAUCUCAGUAGUGAUAGUGAUAAUACCUUGACUGAACUGAAGCCGUACAGCACAUAUAUCAUUGGCGCUCUGGUUGAUAAGAACCGACACAAGGCCGUCUGCUACAAACAGGCUGUUGCGAAGGGCAUCAAAACAGCCAAGUUGCCAAUUGGCGAAUACAUUGAAAUGUCUCACCGCUCUGUUCUGGCCACCAACCAUGUUGUUGAGAUUAUGCUUAGGUGGCUGGAGUGUCGAGACUGGGGCGAGGCGUUCAUGAAGGUCAUCCCACAACGCAAGGGUGGAAGAUUGAAGGGGAAGAACGGCGAAGAGGUGACUGAGGCUACUGCUGAAGAGGACGCUGAGAAUGCAAAUGAUGAAGAAGAUGCUGCAGAACAGAUGAAACAGAUUGAGGCCAUGGAGGAAGCCAGUGAGGAUGAAGGCGAAGAGAAGAAGUAG